CAUUUUGCAAGUGGGUCAAUUGAGAUCUGUAAAUGGUCAGCUUAUAGGAAGUUAACAACUUGGUGGUGCAGCAGCAAAGAUACGUUCUGUGGUAUGAAAGAUAAAGAUUGGACAUUGGUUAUUAACUUUAUAGUACACCUGUCUCUCUGCUCUGAAUUCAGGCUGGAGUCUGGUCCGUCUAGUCUCGAGGAUGGGGAAUAUCAUGCGAGGCGUGAGUUCCACGGGCAAAGUCAACACAGACAGCUCUUUAAAAGGUUCAGAGGAUGACAUGGUGGUGGUGCUUCAGGACUACCCGUUGCCUGAAAUCAGCGAGCCCAUCUACAGGACCGGGGAGAAGCUCAGGCUCAUCGCUCAGGAGGCUUAUUGGUGGAGAGUACGCUCUGUACAAACACAAAAGGAUAACUACAUACCUAACAGCCAUGUGGCAAAGGUGUACCAUGGCUGGCUGUUUGAGGGCAUCGAGAGGCAGAAGGCUGAAGAGCUGCUGGCUCUCCCUGGGAACAGAGUGGGCUCCUUCCUGGUGCGGGAGAGUGCCAGGGAGAGAGGUCUGUAUUCGCUCUCGGUGAAGCACAGGAUCGUAAAGCACUAUCGUAUCUUCAGACUGGACAACAGCUGGUACUACAUCUCCCCUCGCCUCACUUUCCAGUGCCUUGAAGAUAUGAUCAACCACUACUGUGACUUCGCGGACGGCCUGUGUUGUGCAUUAACCUCCCCGUGUCUGUCAGGAAUGACCCCGCCAUCAGAUUCAUCCCCUGGAGCUCCACCUGUCGUCAUGCGACGAAACUUUGAUUGGAAAAAGAUCGACAGGAGACAGCUGGUCAGCACAGACAGCCACAGUGACAACAUGGUGAGCUACGGAGUCAGAAACAGUAUCGCCGCCUACUUGUCCUUUUCUGGGAAUCAGAACUAUGAGCAGACGAGAGCAGAAAGCAGGAAGAAAAAGAGUAAAUCUGUUUAUGCGCUCCCUGAAAAUGGCCUUGGAAACAUUGACUAUGAAGAGGAUUUCUAGAGAGAGCAACAAGGGACUGGAAGGCCUUCUCGUGGAAGGCAGUGCAGGGCAUCCUGCUCUCAAGUCCACCGCCUUUCUCAUGUCAGCUGUGAAACAACAUUUAAACAUUCCAGACGGUUUCUAAUGUGAGCACUGCAAUACUUUAAAGAUAACACACGUUGCAUGACCACUUACACUUUGACGCAUACGGAUCUUUAUGGAGUUGAACUGAACGAUGGUGCAAUUGAACUGUGAUGUGUAUUCUGCAUAUGAAUUAUGAUGACAAGGAAACCUGCAUGUUAUGGAUAGUGUUUGGUAUUAUUAUUGUCUAUGAGUAUUAGUGGCUUUCAAACUUUUUUCCUGUGCUCUUAAUAAAUGUGAUAUGUCCAAAUGGUUGUGACAGCAACUUAAUCAUGCAUGUUUACACAUGGUCAAGUUGAUGUGGAAAACAUGUCAGCAAACAGUAUUUAUAAAUGCAGUAUAGAUAUGAAGCCGCAUUAGCAAUGUUUUGGUAUCCACCAACUCCAGUGGGAAAUAUUUCGGUCUGAAAGAGUUGGUGUCGUAGAAUUAUAAUAAAUAAUAAUAUUGAAAAAUGUCAA